AUGAAAAAAUAUUUAAUUUUUGAACCUGGAAGUUCUAAAAAAAAUGAAAAAGCAACAUCAGCCAGUGUACCUACAGACAAUCGCUCUCCAACUACGCCGUUGAUACCUGAGUUGACCAUCGAACCAUCUAAUUUACAAUCUUCCACUACAGAAUCGUCAACAAUCUCUCAAACAACUUUUAUUUCCGAAUCAAUAGAACCACAACCUACAACUUCUCAAGAAAAACCUCAUUCUCAGACUCUACCUGUAGAAUCUUCAUCAAUAUUGCAAUCUAUUCCAAUUUCUGAAUCGGUCGAACUCCAAUCAUCAAUAUCUCAAGAAAAUGUUGAAACUUUUUAG